GGCGGCGCGACGACGACUACGAGGAGUACGUGCCCGUGCACAAGCGCCGCGCCUCGAGGCCAGAAGCUCCUCCUCCUCCACGCAGAUCCCUCCUCCCCCCCGUUCCGCCGCCGCUUCGUCCUCCUCCUCCUCGCCCCCGUCCCUGCCCCCGUCGACGCCGCGCCCCGUUCCCGUCUCCGUCCCCGUCCCAGCGCCGUCCCGCAGCGGCUCCUCCCUCCUCGUCCUCGAAGCCGAGCCUCCUCGCCAUGGCCUCCCAGCUGAGCGCGAGGCCCCGAGAUCAGCCCGCGGAGCAGCUGGUGCUCCAGGAGCGGGAGAUGAUCGAGCACCUGUCGGACCGCAAGUCGCUCAUGUCCGUGCGCGAGCUCGCCAAGGCAUCACCUACUCCGACCCCUCCCACCGGCUGGAAGCCGCCGCUCCGCCUCCGCCGCAUGCCCCCCGCCCGCGCCGCCGAUCUCCGCCGCCGCUGGCACAUCCUCGUCGACGGCGACGACGUCCCCCCGCCCAUCCCCUCCUUCCGCGACAUGCGCCUCCCCGACCCCGUCCUCCGCAAGCUCCGCGAGAAGGGCAUCGUCCGCCCCACCCCCAUCCAGGUCCAGGGCCUCCCCGUCGUCCUCUCCGGCCGCGACAUGAUCGGCAUCGCCUUCACCGGCUCCGGCAAGACCCUCGUCUUCGUCCUCCCCCUCAUCAUGGCCGCCCUCCAGGAGGAGCUCAUCAUGCCCGUCGUCCCCGGCGAGGGCCCCUUCGGCCUCGUCGUCUGCCCCUCCCGCGAGCUCGCCCGCCAGACCUUCGAGGUCGUCGAGCAGUUCCUCGCCCCGCUCAGGGACCACGGCUUCCCGGAGAUCCGCCCCCUCCUCUGCAUCGGCGGCGUCGACAUGCGCUCCCAGCUCGAGGUCGUCAAGAAGGGCGUCCACAUCGUCGUCGCCACGCCCGGCCGCCUCAAGGACUUGCUCGCCAAGAAGAAGAUGAAUCUCGACAAUUGCAGGUACUUAACACUGGACGAGGCUGAUAGACUGGUUGACUUGGGCUUCGAGGAUGACAUCAGGGAGGUCUUUGAUCAUUUCAAAGCACAAAGGCAGACUCUGCUCUUCUCUGCCACCAUGCCCAAAAAGAUACAGAACUUUGCGAAGAGCGCCCUUGUUAAACCCGUAACCGUCAAUGUAGGUCGAGCUGGUGCUGCAAACCUUGAUGUCAUACAAGAAGUUGAGUACGUGAAACAAGAAGCCAAAAUUGUAUACCUCCUCGAGUGCCUCCAAAAGACACCACCGCCAGUUCUAAUAUUCUGCGAGAACAAAGCUGAUGUGGACGACAUUCAUGAAUAUCUCCUCUUAAAGGGCGUUGAAGCUGUAGCUAUUCACGGUGGGAAAGACCAGGAAGAGAGGGAGUAUGCAAUCUCGGCCUUCAAGUCGGGGAAAAAGGAUGUACUUGUUGCCACUGAUGUGGCUUCCAAGGGUCUUGAUUUUCCUGAUAUCCAGCAUGUGAUUAAUUAUGACAUGCCUGCUGAGAUUGAGAACUACGUGCACCGGAUUGGCCGAACAGGACGGUGCGGGAAGACGGGCAUCGCCACAACGUUCAUAAACAAGAACCAGACGGAGACGACACUUCUCGACUUAAAGCAUCUCCUUCAAGAAGCUAAGCAAAGAAUACCGCCUGUGUUGGCGGAAUUGAAUGAUCCGAUGGAGGAUGAGGAUGCAAUUACAAAUGCUAGUGGAGUGAAGGGAUGCGCAUAUUGUGGUGGGCUCGGGCAUCGUAUUAAGGAUUGCCCAAAGUUGGAGCAUCAAAAGACCAUGGCAAUCGCUGGUUCGAGGCGGGAUUAUUUUGGUUCGGGUGGCUACAGGGGAGAGAUAUAAUCUUCUUUUGUGCAUGUAAAAUAUAUCUCAAGAUGGGAUGCAGAUUGCUUCCACUGUUUCAUGUUUUAAAGGGCUCAACUGGAGGGUGGGUGAUGCUUGCUAUAGGUAGAAGAAACCAAGAUUGUGAAAACUUUUUUGAAUGCUUUGAGUUUUCUCGUCCCAUCAGGAAGCAUUGAAUGCCUAUUUCGUAGGGCAAGCGGCAGUUUCAAUUAUAUUCGUCACCCCCUUGGGCGGCCAACUUGUAACAUAUACUGAAGAAAUAUUAGUAUUGUUUGAGGUGGAACUCUUUGCUGGCUAUUUAAUUCUACUUUGUGUCCACUCUUGUAGUCGGUAGCUCUGAGCGAGAUCACUUUGUUCUCUAGAUAAGUAUGGAUUUCAUACAAUUAGAUAGAAGCAUCAUGUUGUAUUAUUUUGCUUGGUAAUUGAGGAAACAGAUAGUAAGACUUUUGUUUCUUUAA